AGCAGCGACUCUGAGCUGAGCUGAGCUGAGCUGCGGGUUUCUUAUCGCGCCUCCAUCCGCAGUAUAAAAGCCGCGAACCGAAUGCGAGCUCGUGCAGUGCGGCACCGACCACGCGCGCUCCGUCUCCCUGCGGCUCCCUCCGCGUCCCAAGGUUUCCGAAGCAGCAGACGGUUCAUUUUUCACCCGUGGCAGAAUGAUGAGGCGUUCAGAGCUUUCCUCAUUCCUCUCCACGGGGCUCCAGUGUCUUGCGGUAGUGGCAGCUUUGCUCUGCAACAUCCAUCACGUGACAGCAGAAAAGGUUCCAGACCACAGCUCAAACCAUUCCAACAAAUCAGGGACCUGUGCGGGUUCAGUCGGGUGCAACCCUGGAGUGAUUCUCCCAGUGUGGGAGCCCCCAAACCCCUCUUUUGGGGACAAGGUGGCACGAGCCACAGUGUACUUCGUGGCUUUGGUUUACAUGUUCCUCGGAGUUUCCAUCGUUGCAGAUCGUUUCAUGGCAUCCAUCGAGGUGAUCACCUCUCAGGAGAAAGAGAUCACCAUUAAGAAACCCAAUGGAGAAACGACCACCACCACUGUACGCAUCUGGAACGAAACAGUGUCCAAUCUUACCCUCAUGGCCUUGGGCUCCUCUGCUCCAGAGAUUUUGCUUUCUGUCAUUGAAGUUUGUGGUCAUAACUUUGACGCCGGUGCCCUUGGACCUGCCACCAUUGUUGGAAGUGCGGCCUUUAACAUGUUCGUGAUUAUCGGAAUCUGUGUCUACGUGGUUCCUGAUGGGGAACAUCGCAAGGUGAAGCACCUUCGAGUCUUCUUUGUUACUGCUGCCUGGAGCAUUUUUGCAUAUCUUUGGCUCUAUUUGAUUCUGGCUGUUAUCUCUCCUGGUGUUGUACAAGUUUGGGAAGGCCUCCUCACGCUUUUCUUCUUCCCCAUCUGUGUCGUCUUUGCCUGGAUUGCUGAUCGUCGUCUCCUCUUCUACAAAUAUGUCUACAAACGCUACAGAACUGGCAAACAUCGUGGGAUGAUCAUCGAGAGCGAAGGAGAUCGUCCUCUUCCAUCCAAAGUGGACAUUGAAAUGGACGGGAAGAUGCUCAACUCCCAUGCUGUGGAUUUUCUGGAUGGAACUUUGACCCUGGACCUGGAUGACAAAGAUCUUGAUGAAGAGGAGGCCAGGCGUGACAUGGCGAAGAUCUUGAAGGAGUUGAAGCAGAAGCAUCCAGACAAAGAAGUGGAGCAGCUGAUUGAGCUCGCUAAUUAUCAAGUUCUCAGCCAACAGCAAAAAAGUCGGGCGUUCUAUCGAUGCCAGGCAACACGGCUGAUGACUGGUGCGGGGAAUAUUUUAAAGAAACAUGCAGCAGAUCAAGCGCGAAAAGCAGUUAGCAUGCAUGAGGUGCGCAGUGACAUUGGUGAAAACGAUCCCAUUUCCAAGAUCUAUUUUGAUCCUGGAUCUUAUCAAUGCCUGGAAAACUGUGGAACCGUAGCGGUCAACGUGGUACGCCGUGGUGGAGAUCUCAACCAAAUAGUUUCGGUUGAAUUUCGCACAGAAGACGGGACAGCCAAUGCAGGCUCGGACUACGAAUUCACUGAAGGCACAGUGGUGUUCAAGCCGGGCGAGACUCAAAAAGAGAUCCGCGUUGGUAUCAUCGACGAUGACAUCUUUGAGGAAGAUGAGAACUUCCACAUCCACCUUAGCAAUGUUCGCAUUGUUCACGAAAGCGACGAGGCAGAGAAUGCUGAAGCCAAUCACAUGGACAUGAUCGCGACCCUCGGCAUUCCUUCGACCGCCACGGUCACUAUAUUUGAUGAUGACCACGCUGGAAUCUUCACCUUCGAAGAGCCCGUGACACACGUGAGCGAAAGUGUCGGUGUGAUGGAGGUGAAGGUUCUCCGAACGUCAGGAGCUCGAGGUGUGGUUAUGGUUCCCUACAAGACCAUAGAGGGCACGGCGAAAGGAGGAAGCGAGGAUUUCGAGGACACCCACGGCAUGCUCGAGUUCCAAAAUGAUGAAAUCUUGAAGACGAUCACGAUCUGUGUGGUCGAUCGAGAGGAGUACAAUAAAGAGUGCAGCUUUUAUUUAGUGCUCGAGACACCACAGUGGAAGAGGAGAGGACGCACAGAACACAGAGAAGAAGUAAAGGCUGUGGAACAGGAAGAGGCGGAGCCUCUAACAGGAGAGGAUGAAGAGGAGCGGCGCAUUGCGGAGAUGGGCAAACCCACAUUGGGUGAACAUGUCAAACUGGAGGUCAUCAUUGAAGAGUCCUAUGAGUUCAAGAACACUGUUGAUAAACUGAUAAAGAAGACGAACUUGGCGCUGCUGGUCGGCACAAACAGCUGGAGGGAUCAGUUCAUCGAGGCCAUCACAGUCAGCGCCGGUGAGGAUGAUGAUGAUGAAGAGUGCGGGGAGGAGAAGCUCCCAUCCUGUUUUGAUUAUGUCAUGCACUUCCUCACUGUGUUCUGGAAGGUUCUGUUUGCCUUUGUCCCACCCACUGAUUACUGGAACGGGUGGGCAUGUUUUGUCGUGUCAAUCAUCAUGAUCGGCGUCCUGACGGCUUUUAUCGGAGACCUGGCGUCUCACUUCGGCUGCACCGUGGGUUUGAAGGACUCUGUCACCGCCGUGGUGUUCGUCGCUCUCGGCACCUCCGUACCAGACACCUUCGCCAGUAAAGUGGCUGCGAUCCAGGACCAGUAUGCCGAUGCGUCUAUUGGGAACGUGACGGGCAGCAAUGCGGUGAAUGUGUUCCUGGGCAUCGGUGUGGCAUGGUCCAUCGCCGCCAUCUUCCACCAAUCGAAAGGGCGUGAGUUUCGUGUGGAGCCAGGAAACCUGGCCUUCUCAGUCACGCUCUUCACCAUCUUCGCCUUCAUCUGCGUGGCUACGCUCAUGUACCGGCGCAGGCCCGACAUCGGCGGAGAGCUGGGAGGCCCGAGGACUGCCAAAGCGCUCACGACCAUGCUCUUUGUCAGCCUGUGGCUGCUCUACAUCCUCUUCUCCUCACUCGAGGCUUACUGCCACAUCAAGGGCUUCUAAACACACACACACACACACACGCUGAUGUCCGUAUGAAGAUGCGUACACACACACACACACACACACACACAAAAGUUAUGAAGAAAGACUGAUGCUAACAAGACGGAAGCUAGCAGACAGGACAUGGAUAAUAUUUUAUUUUCCCAUUUUAGUUGAGUAUAUAUAGCUAACACACAGAAAAAUGACAACAAAGGAAAGUGAAAAGAGUAAAGCUAAAGGAAUGAGGAGUUAGUAACUUUACUAAAGUCUGCUAAUAAGGUUCAGUUCUUUUUAGUUUGUUUCUUUUUUUGUUCUCAUUAAAACUGAUACAACAACAGAAACUGAUAAACGACUGAACGGCACUGAAAAGGAAACGAGCUGUAAAAUGCUGUCAAAUGUUGCAUUUUAUUUAUUUAUUUCCUCUCUGCCAUUUACGCUCCUCAUUCAGUGCCUCAGGCUGAAAGGUUUAAUCUGAUUGGACGCUUGUUGCCCAGCCAAGCUUCCCCAUUGGCUACGGUCAGGAGUUGUGAUUUUGCGGAGAAUAACGUAUAAAAAUAAUACGAAAAACACUUGACAACCUUGAAGACAAGCCAGUACUAAAACACUUUAUGUCAUACAUUAGCCCAGGAAAUGCUGUAUUCGAGAGAACAGAAUUCUGGGUAAUGUAGUUCUGAUGACUGUAUUUUACAAAGUGUGAAAGUGCACUAUUCCGGUCCUUUUGUGUCUUUGUGGUCCUUUCAAUGCCAUUUUCACUAACAAAAUCUCUCUAAACUGUUGAUACCUAACCAUGUUAGCCGUGAUACUGGAUAUUUUACGAAGAUUUUUCUCACAGGUUGGAAGUUACACGCCUUCUUUAGCUUUUUAAUUAGCAUUUCAGUGAAACCUACUGGUAAUAUGGUGUUAUUUGACAUUUAAGUUACGUCAUUAUGUAAAGUUAUUGAUAAACUUUACUACAAGUCCAAUCAGUAUCUGUUAGCUCAUUGCGUUUUAACAUGUAGAGCGCAUACUGUAUAUGGUUAACGCACAUGGUGUUAUUGCUAAUGAAAGAGCUGACAAAUAUCCUGGGAAGUUUUAUUCACCUAAACACUCCGAUAACUCAGACAGUAAGUUUAUUUACAGGUCAAUCCGAACACAGUUUUAGCGAAUCACACCAGUUUAAUUGUAACUUCGUGUGAAUAUAAAAUCGUAAAAACAUAAAAAGGCAAUGAGCUACUAGAAGUAUUAUACAGUUGCACAAAGUAACAUCAUUUUAUCAUAUGUAGCUUUAAGGAAUUGUGUAUUAAUCAGACUGCUGUAAGAAAUCAGUUAACAGUUAGUUAAAGGAUCGCUGGAAAAAAAUUAUUGGAAAACACAAUACAGCAUUAGCACUGGUGAUGAGUUCUCUGGAAAACUGGUUAAUAUUCACACUCCAUUUCAUCAACAGGAAGGAGACAGUGUUCACAAACUCAAACGAUUCAGUAUUUUGAACAAGUCAUAAAGGUGAAUGAAUCAUUAUUCAUUCAUAAAUGAUUCCAUCUUUUUAAACGAAUCACUGAAGUGAAAGAAUCAGGAUCAGUCGUAUGGCGUCUUUUGAUCACCAAUAGUUCAGUCUUUUUUAACAAAUCACUACGAUGACUGAAUCUUUAUUGUGACCAGACAUGUUUUAUUCAUGAACGAUUCCGUCUUUUUGAACGAAUCAGUAAGAAGAACCAAUCAGUUUCGGUCACAACAUGUGUUUUGUUUGUGAAUAGUUUAGUCUUUUUAAACAAAUCACUAAAUUGAAUUAGUAUCGUUCACUGCCACGCACUGAGUCAUUCCUUUUGUUCAGCUGAUGCUGAAGGGCUUCGCUAUUGCAAACCGCAAAACUGAAACGUGAAGCUGAACCACGACAUUUCCAGAAACUUUUUUACGUAGUUUUAUGUUCUAUUUUUAUUCGUCAGUGUUUUGUAAAUGUCCGUGAAUUGUAUGAGUCGUUUGUGUAAGUGCGUGUGUGCUGAAUCUUUUGGUCGGAUUUGCUCCUCUGUCGUUUAGUGAAUUGUUAACUUUCCAGAAGGUUCUGUGACGUUUCCUCGCUCACUUUGGCUUUACACGUUGUGAGUAAAGCUGGCAAGUCCGCUUCAGCUAUUCGCAAGGCUCCCAUUCUCAGUGUUCAGUGUCUUUUUCUUCCCUGAUUCAUUUGAUUCCCAUGUGCUAAAUUAGCAAACACGCCCCACUUUCAUGUUAUUAAAAUAUUCGAAUGUUGUUAAAAUAUUAAAACGUAUUAAAAUCUUCGUUAAAGAUAUAUUUGUGUAGUUUUGUAAAACAAGUCCAGUUGAUUUUUUUUUUAACCUUUGGAUUUUAUUGACUUUAAACGAGAUGAUUUUCAGAGACUGAAAGGCUUCAUUAGAUCAGCGUGUGAUCGGAGUGUCGUUUCUGCCCGAGUUUACACUGAUGACUGUUACACACACACACACACACACACACACACACACACACACACACACACACAAACAGUUCCCAUCCAUUCUUAACACACAACUAUGGUCUCACACAUUUCAUAAGCAAAUUUAACCAUGCUAAAGAGAGGUACACACAUCAUAGCCGUGAGCUAAAUCUUUCCCUCUCUCACUCACACACACACUCACACACACACACAGUGGAGUUUACGAGGGUGUGCGCUCCCUCCAGUCCUGCUGAGGUUAUAUAAAUGAGGCUAACAUUUUAGCAGAUUAGCAUGGUUUUAGACACAGCCGCUCGAUUUAGUCUGGUUUUAAACUUGUAGAUUAGCCUGAAUGCGACACAGAGUGUAGCUAGCUUUAUUUUUAUUUAAAGAAGGUAAAGAUUUCAGAUUAGACUGGCUUUAAAAAUAAACAGAUUUUUCAUCUAUUUGUCCUUUUAGAGUCCAGAUUUUCACACUAAUCUAGAGUAGCCAUGCUAGCGGUUAAGACUCGAUACAUUUAGAUUUGGGAUAAAUGCUAAUUGUAGUUUAACUUGAUGAUAAGAAAGAAAAAAAAUUGCCAAAGGGAAAAUUGUAAAAUCGUUUCUAAAACACAAUUCUGGUGAUACAACUGGCUUUUGUAUUCGAUGCUAAUGUUUUUUACCGAAAGAAAAGAAUUAAAAUGUAAAGUUUGAAAAAUGGCCUUGGAGGACUUUCAUACGAGAAUUUAUACAAAACUCAAGCACUGAGCACUAAUUAUUAGUGAAUGUUUCAGCACGUGUGAUAGCUCAAGCUUAAUGCUGAAGGAAAAUUCCAGAACUGGUUGUCCAUUUAUUUUUGGGUUUAUUGUUUUAUUUCGGGGUUUUUUUUUUCUUGUUCUUUCUUUUUUAAUUACAAGAGUAAAAACA